AUGCAUACUUCACAAGUCCAGACCGCGAGCCUCCCACAUCGCCAGCUGGCCACUUCGACCCAGACCCCUCGCAAAGAAGGCGACAUCUCCUCAGUGUUUGUCUCCCUCUCCGGAGUCAAAGAGCACGCACUGCCACCUAGAUUCGCCGAUCAGAAGCGGCGUCUGAUUGCUGGACACAAAGAUCAGGUGAAACAAAGCUGGGAUCGACUCCUGUGCCGGUUGCGUGAUGAAGUGGGACUCAUCGCCAGAAGGGGCUCGGACAUUAUCCCCUCCAUCAACUUCAAAGACAUCCACGCUGCACCGUCAGAGUUCCAGGACGAGCUCCGUAAGCGUGGUGUUGCGGUGGUGCGGGGUGUGAUUCCUGAGAGCGAGGCCCGCGCCUACAAGGAGGAGAUUGAGGCGUACGUGCGCGCCAAUCCUCAGACUCGAGCAUUCCCUUCUCAGGAUCCGCAGGUAUUUGAACUAUACUGGUCUCAGCCUCAGAUGCGUGCUCGUCUGCAUCCCCACAUGCUGCAGACCCAGCAAUUCCUCAUGAGCUUCUGGCACUCGCGCGCGGAAGAUGCCCUCAUCUCCCCCACCCACCCCUUGACGUAUGCCGACCGCCUGCGCAUUCGCCAGCCAGGUGAUGCCGGUUUCGCCCUGGGACCUCAUGUGGACGGCGGCAGCGUUGAGCGCUGGGAAGACCACGGAUACGGAUUGGGACGGGUCUACCAACGUAUCUGGGAGGGUCAGUGGGAAGAGUAUGACCCCUGGGAAGCCAGCUGCCGAGUGCCAGCAGUGGCGGACCUGUAUGACGGGGCCGGGGCGUGUUCCAUGUUCCGGAUGUUCCAGGGCUGGUUGAGCAUGUCACACACAGGUCCCCGGGAGGGCACGCUUCUCGUCAACCCUCUGCUGUCCAUGGCCACCACAUACUACCUGUUGCGACCGUUCUUUGAGCCGAUCUCGUCUCCUCCGGCCGGAGACUGCUCGCGGCUGGCCCUGGAUACCUACCUCGACCCGACAAACUGGCGUUUUGAGGAGUCGAUGUCCAGCAAAGUGGAGGGCGCCACGCCGGGCUACGCGCAGGAACUGAACGAUAUCUUGCACCCUCACUUGUACUUGGAGAAAACCAUGGUGCAUAUGCCGAAGAUUGCCCCGGGCGAUUAUGUCGCGUGGCACUGUGAUAAAUCAGCCAUCCAUUCCGUCGAUAAGAUCCACCAAGGUCGCGGAGACAGCAGUGUUCUGUACAUUCCUGCUUGCCCUGUGACCGAGGCCAAUGCGCAGUAUGUUCGUCGCCAGAGGGAAGACUUCCUCAACGGUGUGCCACCGCCCGACUUCCCGGGAGGCAAGGGCGAAAGUGAACACAUUGGACGCACAACACAGGCAGACCUAGCUCGGUAUACUAAUAAGCAGGGACUGAGAUCUCUGGGACUGGAGAAGUGGAACACUGGAGAGAGGGAUCUGAAGCAGGGACAGCGCGCUGUAUUGAAAAGGGCCGAUGAAAUCAUGGGUUUCUAA